AUGAUGAUCACAUUCCAUGGCCUGAGUGUCGAUCAUGAGACGGCCAAGAAUGAAUAUGUUGAGACAUUCUCCAAGCCGACCUGUGCCCGACUCAAAAACAUGUCAAGCAAACUUUCACCCGUUUGCUCCGCAGCCUUGACAACCACUCUGGCCUCUAUUGUUCCCCUCCGCUUGGACGAAAGAUCUGCCAUCUCGUCUAUCGCCGGUCUCAGUGGAGACGUUUUGCCCUCUUUUGAGCCCAACCGACUGACUUUGAACUUGAGACCCGGGCUGGAGUCGCCUUCUCUACUCGACUCUAUCCUCACGACGUCUGAGGUUUUGGAUACCGGCAGCGGCGGAGUCGAUAAAACCGAGCCAUCCAGCGGUCGAAAGCUCUGUCCCGGGACUCGGGCCAGUAUCGCUUCGGAGAAGUCGGGUACCACAGAUCCGAUCCCCUUAGUCAACGCAAAAGCGACCCCAACAACCCUAAGGACAACCAUGAAUGCAGGAACCAAGACAAUAUCGGCAACCAAUAUGGCGGCCGCGGCGUUUGCCAAAAUAUUGCUGUCCGGAAAGUCGGCGUCGACCGCCAGAUUGGCUUCCCUUGGGCAGUCUGGUAGCGGAAGAGGAUGCCCCAACGACAGCAUCGUCCGAAAAUCACGACCUGGUCCGUCCAUACCUCGAGGCAUCAUUGACUCAAAUUCAAUCGCGGAGGCCUCACCAUCGAGGCAAAAAACAGGUGAGUGUGUAAAAUGGCUGCAUGAAGAUGCUCCCAUCUUUUUAAGACAGACAUGGCUUUCUUGGCUUUCCUUGAGUAUUAUCAGUUUCCACUAUCUUCCUGUUCGACUGGCAGCGAGUUUUUCCGUGAAGACGUGA